CCCAGAAUCUCGCUACCGAACUUAAUAGAAGCUUUCCGACUCUAUGGCUUAGUUUCUAACUUGAAGCUCAACCUGGCCAAGUCGGAACUGAUGCCACUCACACGAGACCCGGCACUUCGUAGACACAUCCAGGCGCAUUUCCCCUUCCGGAUUUGCUUGCACAAAUUACGGUACCUGGGCAUCUGGAUACCGU